AUGAGUAUUGCAGCAGGAGUUGGCCACUUUUCCCAGUCCAUUGUCGAAUUGGCACAUGGCAUUUUCGCAGCCGUCGUUGGUUUCUUUCAAUCGAUCAUCGGCGUGAUUGUUGGCAUCUUUCAAUCUUUUAUUCAGUUCCUCGAGGGUAUCCUUGCUUUCCUCAUAAACAAUGUCUUUAUUUUGGCAACAGGGGCAGCCCUCAUGUUCGCAUACGUGCUGUAUUCUCAGAGACAGGGAACUACUCCCGUCAGUCGGACGAUUAAGAGGAAGUCAUACUGA